UGUGAGCUAGGGCUCUGCUUUCCAUGCGCUGCCCGUGUGCUCCUCGCUUGUCCUAUGUCCGGGCGCUGCCGCCUCCUAGCUGCAAGCCACUCGCCACUGCUGAAUUGCCAAGAUGUCUCUUUCUAACAAGCUUACUCUGGACAAGCUGGACGUGAAAGGGAAGCGGGUGGUCAUGAGGGCGGACUUUAAUGUUCCUAUGAAGAAUAACCAGAUAACAAACAACCAGAGGAUCAAGGCUGCCAUCCCAAGCAUCAAAUUCUGCUUGGACAAUGGAGCCAAGUCAGUUGUUCUUAUGAGCCACCUGGGCCGACCGGAUGGCAUCCCCAUGCCUGACAAAGACUCCUUAGAGCCUGUUGCUGUAGAGCUGCGAUCUUUGCUGGGCAAGGAUGUUCUUUCCUUAAAGGACUGUGCGGGCCCAGAAGAGGAGAAAGCCUGUGCUGACCCAGCGGCUGGUUCUGUCAUCCUGCUAGAGAACCUCCGCUUUCAUGUAGAGGAAGAAGGGAAGGGAAACGAUGCUUCUGGGAACAAGGUUAACGCCAAGCCAGCCGACGUAGAAGCCUUCCAGGCUUCCCUUUCCAAGCUCGGGGAUGUCUACGUCAAUGAUGCUUUUGGCACCGCCCAUCGAGCUCACAGUUCCAUGGUGGGAGUGAAUCUGCCACAGAAGGCUGGUGGUUUCUUGAUGAAGAAGGAGCUGAAUUACUUUGCCAAGGCCUUGGAGAGCCCAGAGAAACCCUUCCUGGCUAUCCUGGGCGGAGCUAAAGUUGCAGAUAAGAUCCAACUGAUCAAUAAUAUGCUGGAUAAAGUUAAUGAAAUGAUUAUUGGCGGUGGAAUGGCUUUUACCUUCCUUAAAGUGCUCAAUAACAUGGAGAUUGGCACUUCUCUGUUUGAUGAAGAGGGAGCAAAGAUUGUCAAGGACCUAAUGUCCAAAGCAGAGAAGAACGGUGUGAAGAUUACCUUACCUGUUGACUUUGUCACUGCCGACAAGUUUGAUGAGAAUGCCAAGACUGGCCAAGCCACCGUGGCCUCCGCCAUACCUGCUGGCUGGCUGGGCUUGGACUGUGGUCCUGAGAGCAGCAAGAAGUAUGCUGAGGCUGUUGGUCGGGCUAAGCAGAUUGUGUGGGAUGGACCUGUGGGGGUAUUUGAAUGGGAAGCUUUUGCCCGGGGAACCAAAGCUCUCAUGGAUGAGGUGGUCAAAGCCACUUCCGGGGGCUGCAUCACCAGCAUAGGUGGUGGGGACACUGCCCCUUGCUGGGCCACAUGGAACACUGAGGACAAAGUCAGCCAGGUGAGCCCUGAGGGCGGUGCUAGUCUGGAGCUCCGGGAAGGUAAAGUCCUUCCGGGGGUGGAGGCUGUCAGCAAUGUUUAG